UGAAAUGGGCGAAAAUAUAAUAUUAAGGAAAACACGAUUUGCGCUCGCGUGAAAUUUGAAAGAGAUAUUUUAUGACUUUUUUUCUGUGAGAACUAAACAUCCGCUGAAUUACUUUCCUCGUUAUAUCGAUCGCGUAAUAGUCUUAUACCCCAGCCAAUUGUCACACAAUUAUUUUGAUAGUGCGAUAAUAUCGGGCACUAUUUGUCUUAUACUUAUGCAAAAUUGAGCAAUUAGAAAUAUUACGCUUACAUAAAAGAAAUUUCAAAACAUUUUCAUCUUCACGAAAAGGUGCAAACAUUCCAUCUAGUAAUACGCUACCAGACGCUCCUCGACAUUUGCAGAAUGGCGAUCUGUGUUGUAGAGCAGUAUUUUAGUAUUAAUAAAAUACUUUUUCGUGUAGUUGCCUUAUGGCCUUAUCAUCGCUCGAAACUCGUUGAGUUUCACCUGUCCUUCUUUCUUGUUAUUUUGAUUAGCUUUAUCGCUGCCCAGUUGGCAACAUUUCUAACUACAGAAUGUACAUCUCAUAUGGCAAUUAAAAUUUUCUCUCUUGUAUUGUACUUUACUCUAUAUUUGAUAAAGUAUCUUUCCUUCCGUGUUAAUGCCCAUACUAUAAGAUGCCUAUUGGAGAAAUUUCAAUAUAUAUGUGACGAGCUAACAGACGAAGGCGAAAUCGCUAUCAUAAAAGAAUAUGGGAACGAGGCGAAACAUUUUACCAUUAAAAUUUCCUUGUACGGCAUGUUCAACAUAAUCACUACGUGUCUUCUACCAGUUUUUCCGCGAAUUCUUCGUACUUUUACGUCCACAAAUGUGUCUGAAGAACAUUUUAUGAUACAUAUUCCGAGAGAAUACUUUAUCGAUCAAGGGAAAUAUUACUAUUGUAUUUUGCUGCACAUGGACGUUAGCCUCUUUAUGGGAGCAACAGUAUUAGUAGCAACAGGAACAUUGCUGUUCGGCUGCAUGAAAUAUAUGUGUGGAUUAUUUAGAAUCGCCAGUUAUCGUAUUGAUCAAACAAUGAAGACUCCGAUGUUUCAAAUUGCUGGUUUGUCGAAGGAUUGUGUAAUUUAUAAAAAGAUUGUACAUGCCAUAGACAUUCAUCGCAAGGCAAUAGAAGUUUGUGAUAUAAUAAAAUCCAAUUUUGUGGGAACGUCAUUUAUACUAAUGUUAAUUAGUGUUACUUCCUUAAGUCUCAAUCUUUAUGGACUUCACCAGGCUAUGAUGUUUGGAAGCGCCACGGAGGAAUAUUUAGUUUAUGUUAAAGGUCUAUUUGUCACUCUACUAUACAUAUUCGUAUGCAAUUACAUCGGACAAGAACUUACAGACCAUUAUAACCAUAUGUUUAUCAGCAUAUACAGUGUUCAGUGGUACGUAACUCCCUUACACAUACAGAAAAUAAUUUUGUUCCUGUUGCAAAGAGGCACUAAAAAUUUUUAUUUCGUUUUUGGUGGAAUAUUAGUGAUGUCUAUAGAAAAUGCGACCACGGUAAAAUUAUUUCAUGUUAUGUCAUGUUAUAAAAAUAUAUCAAAUUAUAAUCUUCCAACCAGCGUGCACUUUGAGUUAAAAAAUGAAAAAUAUUUUUCAGUUAGUAAGCGCUUCCAUAUCGUAUUUCACCGUUCUCCAUUCUAUGCAGCAACCUGAUAUAAUUACAUAACUAAAAUGAGUUUAUAGCGUUUCGAUUAGAUCGAAUUAAAAGUAGAUUCUACAUACUAGAGAAUUCUGAAGUAACAUUCUUACCGUCGAACGGAGAAGAAAUUUUUAAUCAUCGGAGCAACUCAUCAUGAUAUUUUCCUGCGUAAUUCAAAGUAUAAAUUCGCAACAAUGGGUGCAUCGUACGAUUUUAUUAGAGUUUCUUUAAUCGAAACUUUAAAGUAAUCCAUAUAUGUACACCAGUUUAUAAUAUAGCAUUUGUGCGUAUAUAAUUACAUAUUAUAAUUUGUGCGUAUCUAAUUACAUAGUAAAAAAUGUUCGGGGCAUGAUUAGUAACAAAAUGUAAACCAAACUCACCAUACAUUAUUUAACUUUGACAUGUUAUUCAUAUUUCGUGAUAUAUAACCAGUGCUGAAUGUAUACCUGAUUUGAAUAUCAAAUAUAUAUCACGUACAUAUA